AUGUCAAUGCCAUCAUCGACAACACGCAACACCACAUCUGCAUCGUCAUCGGACUAUAUUGGGUCGCCGACCCCACAGACCUCACUGCCGGUGGACCAGUUCCAGGGUGAGAUUGAGAGCUUACAGUCUGAUGCUAUGUCACGUCAUGAUAGCAAGCAUAAGCAGUUCCUCGCAAAACUCGAGGUAAAGUCUGAGCACCAUCAUGAGACGAAGAAAUAUGAGUGGAUUCGCUCAACACGGGAGCAUGAGGUGUCUCAAGCAGCCUCAACCAUUGGUGCCAACAGAAGGAUAAAGACACUGAGAUCUGCCUUCAUGAAGUGGAUAUACGGUCUUUAA